AAUUAAGUUUACCAGAGUUGAUAGAUGCGGCGUCCAUUUUGGUUAUUCCUACAUUUAUAGAAUGGCAGCGAAUAAUUAUUUUGGUUUUACACAUGGUGGUACACAAUACGCGGCGACUGGAACUCCCGCUUAUCAAGCGCCGCAGACAGGCUAUGCGGUAGCUCAGACGGCAGCCGCCGCCGCCGCUGCCACUUACAAUACGCAAAGGGCGGCCACUGGCUACGAUACUUACCAGCCGGCACCGCACACGGCACCCGGUACUUACGCAGUUGCUGGGACUGCGGCGCCUGCAACUUACGACUAUAGUUACGCACGUACAGCACCAGCUGCUUACGACUCGACAAAAACAUAUUAUCAGCAGACUGCCCCAGCUACCCAAGCUUAUUCAACAGCUGAAUAUCCUGGCUGGCAAGCUACACCACAGCAAACUGGUAAAACAGCGUACAGUGCUACCUACACAACACCCAGCAUCCGUCCAGCUGCACAGCCCCACAAAGCGGCCCAGUAUAAUACUGGAUACGCAGCUGCACCUCAACAGCCUGCACAAGGAACGAAUUACGCUUACACUACUCCCGUUCAAACACAACAGACUGCUAAGGCAGCUGGUGUUGCAACAUAUAACGGAAGCACGACAGUGAGUUACGGAAACGGUGCAACAACAACAAAUUACAGUUCUGCCUACACUGCUCAGAACCCAACUACAGUGCAGACUACUGCUGCGCCUAAAGCAAAAACAGCUGUAUACAGUGCUGGGAUGUAUGUAAACCAAGGUAAACAGACGAAUUCCUGGCAAGGGUACAAAAAGCAAUCUGGUGUUAAACAAAUGAGAGCAAAGGCGCAACCAAAACCCCAACAGCUCCAUUAUUGCGAAGUAUGCAAAAUCAGCUGUGCUGGACCACAAACAUACAGGGAACAUUUGGAAGGGCAAAGGCACAAGAAAAAAGAGGCUCUUCAAAAAGAGGGUACAACACCACAAGUUGGUGGCAGGGGUGCGAACAACCUUCGGUGCGAGCUUUGUGAUGUUGUUUGUACAGGGUCAGAUGCGUAUGCUGCUCAUCUACGUGGUGCCAAGCAUCAAAAAGUUGUUAAACUUCAUACAAGAUUGGGUAAACCUAUUCCAGAGGUUGACAUGAAAACUGCUAAAGCAGCAGCUGUUGCUUCCUUAUCGAAUGUUGCCUCAAAUUCUCCAACACCUCCAAAAAUUAAUUUUGUACAGAUUGGAACUUUAGGGACUGUAAUCAAAGCAGAGAACAAAGAGGAGCUAAAAGAGGAACCUGGGGAUGUAGAAAUGGUUCAAGACAAUGAAGUUACCCCAGUAGGCCAAGAAUACAUAGAGGAAAUAACUAAUGAAGAUGGAAAACUACUAAGUUUUAACUGCAAAUUAUGUGAAUGUAAAUUUAAUGAUCCAAAUGCCAAAGAUAUGCAUAUGAAGGGUAGGAGACAUAGACUCCAGUUUAAGAAAAAAGUAAACCCAGACCUAGUUGUCGACGUCAAACCCUCAGGAAGGAGGGGAAGAAUCCAAGAAGAUAAACGAAGAAGGGAUGACUUCUUGAGAAGGAGAGAAGAAGAUAGCUUUUGGACAGAUGAUCGACUGUUCUGGGAAGAGAGACGAAGAUAUGAGGAGGAAUUUGAAUAUAUGGAAUGGAUGAGAAGGCGGGGACCCGUACCCUCUCCUUUCUUACAACCUCCGCCUUUUGGACUGCGUCGCCCUGAUACAUUGGAUGAUCGCCACAUAAUCGCAAAACACCAAGUGAUCUAUCCAAAAGAGAGUAAGCUUCAAGCUGUUCAUAAAAUUGUUUCACAUUGUGAAAAAGCUUUGAAGCUCGUAUCUGAUCAGAUAUCAGAGCAAAUUAAAGGUACUGAGGCUAAGGAUGUGGUUAGUGAUGUUGCUAAGAAAGAACCUGGUGUGGCGAUUAAAAAGGAACCUGUACCUGCUGCCCAGAAGAAAGAGGGAUCUGAAACAUCCACCCAUGAAAUUAAACAUGAAGGGAAACCAAGCUCUGUAAUUGAUGAUAAAGAUAACCUGAGGAUAAUUAAAGGAGUGAUGAGGGUUGGAAUUUUAUCAAAAGGUCUUAUGCUUGCUGAUGAAAAUGCUGUUGAUCUAGUUGUUCUCUGCGGUGAAAUUCCUACCAAACAGCUUUUAACUGAAGUAUACAAUGUCCUCAGUGCCCAACUUAAGGUUGUUGCUCCAGAAGAAAAUUAUACAAUUAGUUUGGAAAUGGCAGAUGCUUCAAUAACAGUCGGGACGACUACAGACCUGAACAUCACCGUCACAAUAACAUUAACAUCUCCGAUUCUAAGGGAAAUGCUUAUGCAAGCAGCUGACGGCGAAGGAGGAAGAGUCACAUUGGCGAACUUGGAGACACUAGACCAAGCCAAGUGCCUUGAAGCUUUGGCCCAGCUACGUCGUGCUAAAUGGUUCCAGGCUAGACCAGCUAACAAUCACAGCAGUGUUCUUGUUAUACGCAUCCUACGAGAUUUAUGUCACAGAAAUCCAACGUGGGCACCACUCAGCCAAUGGGGAAUUGAGCUAUUGGUAGAUAAGGUAGUUGGCUGUGCUGCCCUUUCUGUAGCUGAGGCUUUGAGGAAAGUCUUGGAAGCAAUUGCGGGAGGAGUUUUAUUACCCGGCUCUUGCGGAAUUUCUGAUCCUUGUGAAAGGGAACCGACAGACGCCACAUCUCACCUAACAAUUCAACAAAGGGCCGACAUCACAGCCUCAGCCCAGCAUGCCUUGAGACUUAUGGCUUUCCGUCAGAUCCAUAAAGUUCUUGGUAUGGCCGCAAUUCCCCCUCCCAAACACACUGGGGGCAAUCGUCAUGGUGGAGUUCAAAGAUUUAACAGGAAAAGACGUAGGGAUCACAGCGCUGGAGAAACCAACGACUCUGAAGCGGGUGAUGGUAAAAAAGACAAAAAAGAUGGAGAAAGUGAUGUCUCAAUGGAAACUGUAGCAAAGUAAAUGAGAAAAAUUGAUGCUAAGAUCCUUCUUCCCAGAAAGUCACCCUUGAGAGGCAUCAUUUCAUAAAUUUCCUUUCAUGAAGUAUGAUUUUUACAUCCUUAGCACAUGUUUAGCAUUUAUAGUUUUGUUUUGAGAUGACUGGCAAAUGGAUAAUAGUCACCGUCUGUGUUGUCAGGACGUUUGACAAAGUUGACCCUAAGUUGUAAAGCUUAACAAAAAUAGUUUUUUAUGUAAUAUCAUGUAUAUUGUUUUGAUUGGAUAUACCAAGAUUAAUAUCCAUAAAAAAAUAUAUAUUAAAAAGUGGAACGUUAUUCCUUUCAUUGUGUAGUUUUCUAAAAACUUUGUCUCGUAUCGAAUAAAAAGAUAAUACAUAAUUAAGCUGGUUGUAUAGCACUCCUAUUAUGUAUAUUACUCUAUUUAAAUGGAUCUAGUAUGGUUUUUGUGCAAAUAUGUGAAGAUGUUUUUUCUCUUACCAAGUACAAUAUUUGUUUUCGUCUUUUUAUUUUCUUCUCAGCAAGAAUUAUUUGUUAAAAGAU